UCCUCUGCUCUUGGCGCACGGUCGCCUAUCGCUCACUUCAGAUGAUGGCACGCCUGCGUCCGCGUGCAGCGCUGUUGCGUUCGGAGCCCCGGCGCUUUCAAGAGAUCUGAGAAAUCCUCCCCAAAAAAAAAGUGUCACCAUGGCUGAAUUUGGAGAGAACAAAAGAGCCGUCGGUCUGCCGGUUGCUGGCUGGAAAGCUGCGUCAGGAGGAGCCGGAAUGAGCCUGGAGACGCACCGAGGAGAGCCGGUGUCAAACGGAAACUGCAGCGUGUCAGACACCGUGAAGAGGGUCCAAAACCAAUCCAGCUGCGAGUCCCCGACGUCGGAGAGCGCGGGUUCAGUUUCAGCCUGCAAACCAAUUCCUCGACGCAGCAGUCUGAUCAAGGAUGGGUCACGUGCUGGUCGGGAGAGGAAGAAGACAGUGUCCUUCAGCAGCAGCCUGUCAGAGAAGAAGAUCAGCAGCGCUGCAGACUGUAUCCACUCCAUGGUGGAGGGGAUUGAGCUGAAGAAAAUUCGAACCAACUCACGUGUUUACCAGCGUUACUACCUGCUGGACGCAGGCCUCCAGGCUCUAUGCUGGGAGCCAUCCAAGAAGGAGUCAGACAAAGCUCGCAUCUCGCUGGCCUCCAUACGAGAGGUACGGACAGGUCGUAACACAGAAACCUUCCGCACCAGUGGAGUUUAUGAGCAGAUUUCAGAGGACUGUGCAUUCUCUAUCAUCUAUGGAGAGAUGUAUGAAAGUUUGGACCUGGUGGCCAACUCUGCUGAAGUGGCUAACAUUUGGGUGACUGGCCUGAGGUAUCUGAUGCAGUAUGGGAAACAUGCCCUGGACAUGCUCGCCAGCAGUCAGGACAGCCUUCGAAUUGGCUGGCUGGAGCAGUUGUUCUCCUCUGCUGCUGAAUCGGACGGACAAGAAGAUGCCAAGGAAGGGAUCCGCUUGCAGUUAGCCAUUAAGUUGAUACAGGGCGUGAACCCUGGGGUGGGCAGAGGCAAAGUGGAGCACAGGUUUAAAGAGCUUCAAAGAGUUAGGGAGAAGAUGUGUGGGCUUACUCUAGAUAGCAAAUCUGGAGUUAAAGAUCAUGGCGAAAACAAAAGACUAAUAGGAAGAAAUGAGCGAGUCACCAGGCAGGAGUUCAUCGAGGUCUUCCAUGACUUCUGCACACGCCCGGAGAUCUACUUUCUGUUGGUGCAGUUCUCUAGCAACAAGGAGUUCCUGGACACCAAGGACCUGAUGAGGUUCCUCGAGGCUGAGCAAGGCAUGGCUCAAGUGAGUGAGGAGACCAGCCUGAAGCUCAUCCAGGCCCACGAGCCAUCGGAGCAGGGCCGGCAGCAGGGAUACCUGUCACUGGAUGGCUUCACAAGCUACCUCACCUCGGCAGAGUGCCACCUCUUCGAUAGGGAGCAUGACACCGUGUGCCAGGACAUGUCCCAGCCUUUGUCUCACUACUACAUCAGCUCCUCCCACAACACCUACCUCAUCGAGGACCAGUUUCGAGGUCCGUCCGACAUCUCCGGCUACAUCCGCGCUCUCAAGAUGGGUUGUCGAUGUGUGGAGGUGGACGUCUGGGACGGCCCCGAUGAGGAGCCGGUGGUGUGUACUGGACACACCCUCUCCCCACCACUGGUCCUGCGUUGUGUGUUAGAAGCAAUUGGAAAGUUUGCAUUUGUGGCCUCGCAGUACCCAUUAAUUAUAUGUAUUGAGAACCACUGUUCACUUCAACAACAGAAAGUGUUGUGGCAACAUCUCAUAGGGAUACUAGGGAAGAGUUUAUACACAGAUCCCCCUUACGAAGGGGAGUCAUACCUACCAUCGCCACAUGCCCUAAAGAAUCGAAUUCUCCUAAAGGGUAAAAAGUUGGGUCCAGGUUCUGAUGGGGAGGACGGGGAGGUAAGUGAGGAGGAUGAAGGGGCAGAGAUGUGUCAAAGGAUGAAAGCGGCUAACAGUGGAGGGACAGUGCCUGGAGGAAAUGAGAAGGACAUGGUGCAGAAAAGUGUCUCUUUCACAGCUGUCACUCAGUCUAAUCCUCCUCAUCUUCUUCCCAAACGUUUCCAACUCUUGAAGGAGCUCUCUGACCUAGUAACUCUUUGCCGCUCAGUCCUCUUUAUUGACUUCCCAACAUCAUCCAAAAGCCAAAACCCUUGGGAACUGUGUUCCUUUCAUGAGUCUCUGGCCGUGCGUCUCGCUAGCGAGAGCCCUGGCGACUUUGUCAAUCACAACAAGCAUUUCCUGUCGCGGGUGUACCCCAGCCCCAUGCGUAUUGACUCAAGCAACAUGAACCCUCAGGACCUGUGGAAGUGCGGUUGCCAGAUUGUGUCCAUGAAUUUUCAGACAGCAGGACUGAUGAUGGACCUGAACACAGCCUGGUUCAGGCAGAACGGGAACUGUGGUUAUGUUCUGCGGCCAGCCAUCAUGCGGCAGGAGGUGUCUUAUUUCAGUGCCGACACCAGAGACACAGUGCCUGGUGUGUCUCCACAGCUGCUCCAUGUCAAGGUGAUAAGCGGCCAGAACCUGCCCAAGCCGAAGGGUGCGGGGGCCAAAGGAGAUGUGGUGGACCCCUACGUGUACGUUGAAAUCCACGGCAUCCCAGCUGACUGCACAGAGCGCCGCACCAGGACCGUGACACAGAAUGGGGACAACCCCGUCUUUGAUGAGAGCUUUGAGUUCCAGAUCAACCUGCCGGAGCUUGCCAUGGUUCGCUUUGUGGUGCUGGAUGAUGACUUCAUAGGGGAUGAUUUCAUAGGUCAGUAUACCAUCCCUCUGGACUGUCUUCAACCGGGCUACCGACAUGUACCACUGCAGUCUUUGACAGGGGAGGAACUUACCCACGCCAAACUGUUUGUCCAUGUGGCCCUCACCAAUCGGCGAGGAGGGGGAAAGCCUUACAAAAGGGGACUGUCUGUGCGAAAGGCCCGCAAGGGGAGAGACUACACCGCCCUGAGGGACUUGGGGGUCCGGGCUGUGGACGAGGUUUUCAAGAUGGCUGCUCCUCCGCUGAGAGAAGCCACUGACAUGAGGGAAAAUAUGCAGAACUCUGUAGCAGUGUUCAGGGAGCUGUGUGGAGUGUCUGCAGUGGCUAACCUCAUGCAGUGCGUGCUGGCUUUGGGCUCCAGUGUGUCAGGACCAGACGGAGCACCUUUACUACUGUUUGACCUCAGGGACCACUACCCCACACUGGAGCCCCAGGGGCCGCUUCCCGACGUCCUUCGCCGGGUUGUCUCCACCUAUGAAACGAUGGUCCAGACCAGCAGAGCAGUGAUCGAGCUCUCCGAUGGACUCUACGACAGGAUCCUGCAUAUACAGACAAUGGCCAUGGAGUUUCAUGAGAAGCUGCAGACUCUGGCGGCGAAGGAGGGGCUGAGGGGUCGCAAGGUCAGUCGGGCGCUGGAGAGUUUCAGCUGGAACAUCACCAUCCUUAAGGUCAGCAACACACACUCGUACACUAACAAAAACCCAAACAGCCUCAGGGGUAGACCGUCGGAACAUGUUUUGGGCCUCCAGCUAGUUGCUCAUCUUUUUUCUCUCUUUCAACCUUUCCUCCCUCCACUUCUACCCUCUGUCCCACGUCUCUCCUUGCUACCCUGUAAUCGCUCACUUCUCUCCUUAUUUUCCAUUUUUUUCUCUCAGGGUCAGGCUGACCGGCUGAAGCACGCCAAAGCUGAAGUCCAGGAGAACAUGAAGCAGGUCCAUGAUGCUGCUUUGACUGGAAACCUCACCAAGGAGAGUCCAGGAGUGAGAAGAGUCCGCUCCCAAACACGACGAGGCCAGGAUGACUAAACCACCACGUGUGCUAGAUGACCCUCUCGGCAUAGCAAGCAAAUAAAAGAGGACGUGACCAAACUGCCGACGUAGCUGCUGUGACAAACCCUUUUCAUGUUAUUAAAAUUGUUCCAAGGUCUUAAUUCGCCUUAUUGUGAGCUAUAGCAAGUACUGUGUUUUUAAAAGAGAAGAACAGAAGAGUUGAUGAAUGUAAAAGUCUUCAAAAUGCAGCCACCAUCCACUCGCAGAAAACACUUGGGAGUCGCAGAAGCCAGAGCACUGCUGAGAGGAGACAGGAGAAAAAUGACGAUGAUGAAUCAGGUUGUACGAUGAAUGUAGUUGGAUUUUAAGCCAAGGUUAAGUUGUUUGUGCUGCAUUAAACUGUAAAUACAACAAAUGUCUAUCAACAUCUUGUUAUGUGCAAUGUGUCUUGAAGAGAGAGUAAAAAAAAUGGUCAUUUUCUAGCUCAGUGUGGGAUGACGCCAAAAGAGGUUUAUAAUCUUUUGAAAAACGGUCACAUUUAUGUUAGAAGCUUGUGAAGAUUUGGUUAGGUUUAAAUGAAACACACUUUCUCGAUUAUAUAAAUGGGAUAUACGCAGGAGUCUGUGGAUGUUUUACGUCUUUUACCAUUAUAUCUGUUGGACCAGUGCAGCCCCUUUAUAUCCCUCUCCAACUUAUUUCCAUUAAGCAUUUGUUAAGGUUCUGGAUCGCUGCUCUUCAUCCAAUCAUCUUGAGGUCAUUUGUCAUCCACUUAACCCUCUAAAUGUUGUUUCACAUACAGUAUUCUAUAUUUUUGUAUUUUCCUGAAGCCCUUGUGCUAAUUAAACCACUGUUACCCGCCAUAAUGAUCAACUCCAGACCGGUAAAAGUCUGCCUCUAGUGAACAAAUACUGUUAUAUUGAAAGUGCUUACUUUGUGUGCAAAACACUGUACAGUAUUUUACUAUGUAAUUUCGAUCCUUUUGCUGUAAAGAAUAUUUUACAUAAGUUAUUGAUCCUAAAUUAAAACAUUCCAGUUAUCGGGUGCAGUAGAUGAGGCUCGACCUGUUCAGCUCUGUAAAAGGUUGCAGUUCACUUUCCCUUACAGUCAAGAUGGAAAUAAACUAGUUUUUAAAUGA